CGGACGGUUCUUCUUUUGGGCCAAAAAUUCGGCACUUGCCAUUGAGUAAUCAGGAGUUACCAACAUUUCAGUUCUUGUGUUUUUCUUGCAGUUUUAAGAAACCAAACUCCUGGCCGAAACAUGAACAUUCCCCUGUACCAAAUACCAUCGGUGACCAUGCAGUCGAUGCACCAGCAGUCGAUGUACCAGCAAACCUACUUGGAUCGCAAUCGCAUGGUCACCGAUGUCUUCGUGCAGGAACAUGUCUCGCAGAGCUCCUGGUCAAUGGGAACUCCGGGUCCGUCGACUGUCUUCAUACCGGGUACUGCCAAUUGCCCCAUUAUGACCGGAAACGCCCAUGUGCCACCGCCUCCACCGGCUGUGAAUCCCCAUCAUAUGGCCUACAUGCCCAUGCCGGGUAUGCAGUACUACGCAGCCAGUUCCGCCUCCAUGAACGCCUAUGGCCAGGGUCAGGUGUAUUCAGCUCGUGCCUCGGCCACCGCCAGUUGCAACAUGGCUGGCUACUAUAUGCCGCAGUACUAUCCAUGUGGCACUCACGUUCCGCCGCCCAAGCAGUACCGGGCCACCCAAACUCAGACCCAGACGCCCAUCAAGCGCAGCUGCGAUGCGGCCACCCAGGUGGAUUUCGGCCUCGAAUUAUCAGGCACCGAGCUUAAGAAGUCUGGAGCAGUUCUGGUUAAGGAUGGCUUUGGUCCCGAUGAAUCGAGCAUUAGUUCCUUGGAAAGCGGAGCCGGCGAUGGGUUGCGUGUCCAGAACCUCCUGCGCAACUCGGAGGUGAUGUUGCAUGAACAGCGCCUCCACGACAUGACCAGGAUUUCCCUGCAAGGCAGCGAGAUAGCCGAGCAUCUGGCCAAUGCGCAUCGCAAUCGUCCGUGCUUCAAGAAGAUCGACACCCUGUGUGCUCGCCUGAAGCAGGAUCUCCUGCGUCCGGACGGCGUGCUGCCCAACAUCAACUCGCAGGGAAUUGCCUGGGCAGUCAAGGAUUUCAUCUUCGUCUUCACUCGCAUUGUGAAUGCCUGGGUUAUUCUAAAGGGCUAUGUUUAUAAUACUCCUGAAGGCUUAAACAAGAUUAAGGAUGAGUUGCCCACGGGUUUCAUGGCCACCUUUGAUUCCUGGCAGGUUUCGACCCUAUCCCUCGUGCAGAUGAUCAUCAAAUCCUUUGUGAGUCUAGAUGAUCUGCUGCAGAAGCAGAAGAACAGCUUUGCCGGAAAGGACUGUGCCCUCAUUAACGUGAACAUGAACAAUAGUAGCUCAUUGAACGAUAGCAGCAGCUUUGGUCAAAAGCACCAGGCAUUGACCAAUGGACAAGGACCAAGUGCCUACAGCACUCCACGCAAGCAAAAUGGAACGGGGAAAUCCUUUUCAGAGAACCAAGAGGCAGCUGCUCUUUACAAGCCAAAAUGUCCAAUGAAUCUUAACUAUUUGUACACCAUGAUCGAGGACUCUGAGGAAACGCAGCGCAAUGUGGAUGCUAAUGGCACUUAUCUGAAGACCGGAACCUAUCAGCCACUGCAAAAGGAUCACAAACUAAAACAAUUGGAGCCCCCGACACCAAAGGAUACGUACGCGGAUUCCCAAUGGCAGUGGAAGGCCAACCAAAAGGCUUUGCCAGCCCAGGAGGUUCGCAAAGCUCCAGUUCCCUUGUGCUGUCCGCAGCCUGAGCCGGAACGCGAGCGUCUGAGGGAUGUGAGGGCUUACACAAAUCCAUUUAGCCUGAUCGGGCGAGAGGUCACCCGCCAGCUGUACGAGUUCAGCGAGGGAGUAAUGGAGCUGGAGCACUUGGAGCGCUUCUUCAAAAAGCAGUUCACUCGCAACUAUUACCCAGAUUUCUACCAACAAUGCCAGGAUGAUUUCAUAGAUGUUCGAGCCAUCAUUCUGCAGUGCGAGAGUGCCUCGUACCAUCAUAUUUAUCAAGCCAUUCACGAUCUACGCCGUAUCAUCUUCGCCGUGCGCUGCUACCUGAAGAUGUACUCGGACGAGAACCUGCAGCACUACAUCGAUCUCUACGAGCGCUCUGUGAACGGAAUGCUGUCCAAGCCACCGCAUUUGCCCAAUCAAUACGAUCACAUCAUGGGCCGUCCUGGCGAAAAGCUUUUCAACUAUGAAAUCUAAGCGAAGAAUCUCCAAUAGGUUGUUUAUUGAAAGUUGACCUUAUCAAGAGGCUUGUUACAAAACAUUUAGUUAAGUAGAACUAUAGAAAAGAAUUUAAUUGGAUUCGAUGACGCGAACUACAGUGCCUUAUAUAGAACUUGGAGAAGUCUUAUUCAUCAAACGUUAAAAUUA